AUGAUUUUCCUUCUAUUGGGGACACUCCUGGUCCUCGUUUUUGGCCGACUUCUGCAAGUAUGGCUCAAAUACAAGUUCCAUCCGAUCCCGACUUAUUCUUUUACUCUUCAAAAAGCUCAAAAUGCAAAGGAUCUCGCCGCAGCCUUCAAAAAGGGAGAUUUGCCGAAGAUCUUUCGCCCGAAGCUGUUUCCUUUUUCAACUUACAGUAAUUUUUACGUAAUCACAGAUUUCGACUUUAUGAAGGAGGCUUUUGCUCACAAGGAGCUUUCAAAUCGCGACUACAACGAAAAGAUCAAAAUCGACACCAAGCGAAAUAUAGAAUAUUACAAACUGGAUAAGCAAGCUAUCGAAAUUCUCGGGCAAAACGACCAGUUAAUAAAGAAUGGGCCAGGAUACAAUACAGGACUGGCAGAUGGUCUGUAUGAUGAUUUUCACCGAAAGUUCCGAACAAUUUGGUACGAAACGACGAAAAAACUGACCGGGCGGAAUCGAAUUAUCGAAAUCAUCGAGCAUAGCUCCGAGUCAGUAAACAGAAUUCUUGGCGAAAAAGGAAGCAAGGAAGAAGGCAUCGAUCCAAAAACCGUUUUCGUAAAUGGCACCAUGAAUGUUAUUACUGGUUUCGCUUUUGGAACAACCUUUGAAUUCGACGAUCCUGUUUUCAAGAUGCUAGAGGACGAGCUGAAAAUCAUCUUUGAAACCAUCAUCCCCAUUCUUUUGAAGAAAACUGCCGCAGGAAAACUGCCCCUGUUUGUGUCCCAAAAUUGGCUCUAUCAGAAACUUUGGAAGUCGACUACUGACAAGUAUUACGGAUCUGUGAAGAAAUUCAAUCAAUUCUGCUUCGAAAAUGUUGUCAAGCAUCGAGAAUCACUCGAUAGAAGCAAUCCGCGGGAUUUUCUCGACAUGCUUUUGAUCGAGGCGGAAAACGAGCCAAGGCUUGGAUUUGAUGUCGUCGCUGGCACCGCUCUGAUCAUUUAUGCUGCUGCUAGCGACACUCUCGCCAAUACAUUAACCUGGCUCUGCGCAGUGCUAUCCGAUCGGCCACAUGUGCAAGAAAAAAUGUACGAAGAAAUCAUGAAUUCAAUCGAGACAGAUAAUGAGAUCAAGAAAGAAAAUUGA